CUCACAAAGAUCUCUCUUGUCUGGUCGGCAUUGUCUUUUUUUUUAUAAAUCAGCAUCCGGGCAUUUGAAUUAUAGGUAUCUGAAGCUGUGGUGGUUAUUGCAUCUGAAUCUAUUGCUGAAGCAACAACAUAUUGGGAUGGAAAACCACGCCGAGGAAGCAUUCGGCCGGUCGGCACUCAAAGAGGAUAAUAGAAGAUAUUCUGGCUAUGAAUUAAAUCUUAACCGUAUUAUGGCCGCUGAUUCUAACGCUAGCAGUGGUAAAUAUGGGAAUAGAAAUGGCAGCAAUAAUUCUCCUGGCCAAGUCAGUGGAAGGAAUGAUCAGAAAUCUGAAAAAACCAGGGGCAGAGGUCGGUUGUGCAAAAUUGGUGGCAACAAAGGUCAACUACUGAUCGACCCAUGGCUCUCUACCAACACCGCAGAAGCAAAACAUGAACUGAUAUCUACAGAUAUUGCGAAAAAUCGAAGUGACAGCCAACCUCAGCAUUCGAACAUCCACAAUAAGCUGCGAAGAGCCUCCUUUGGGAAGUCGAGGUUUGACCUUGAGCCCAUGAUCCUCAUGUCGACUUCUGCAUCAACACUUGAUUGUACGCGAAGCGAGAGCCCAGGAUUCAGACUGGCUUCGCCGAAAAAACGUCGUGACGAAGUAGUUGAAGUCGUUUGCUCAGAUCAGGAGGAGACAAUCCUUGGUGAUUCACAACUUGAGCCGCUAUGUAUGACCCAUAGAGAGUCAGAUUUUAGGACCAAAGACAAUAAAAAGGUUUCCUUAACUUCAAGGAGUAGAGCCACAAGGAAGACUUUGGUGCGAUCAAAAGCCUUCCAGCUUCCUAUUAAUAUCAUAUCCAGCAGUGAUGACGACAAUGAUCAACUGAUGGAUUCGCCCGUCAUCCAUCAUAUAACAUCUAAGGAAGCUUUGGACUUGAGCGAGGAUGAUCUUGAUGAACUUUCCAUGGAGACCGGCAAGAGCAUAUUCAGGCAGAUUUCGCGCAUCCCGAGGUCUGUCCGCCAUCCAACCGCGGAUGACAUUAUACCACAGCCACUUGCACCCUCAAGGACACCAUCUUUAACCGAGCCUUUGGGGUCUGCAAAUAAGAUGCCAUGGUCAAUCACAGAAGGUCCUGACAAAGACAUCGUGCUCUCGACACCAACUUCAAAGCAAAGGAUCCGUCAAUAUAACAUAGUCCUUGAUUCCGAAGAUGAAUACUCCGAGACUGAAACCACGUCAGAUCUAUGGCUGUCCAGGGAGAUAAGAGCUUCUGCCCACUCAGCUCAUUUGGAUCUGCCUCGGACUGAUUAUGUUCUUGAAGGGGAUGAAAGAAAGAGUGUCUCGCGUUUUGUUAUUUCUGAUUCUGAAGCUGAAAUGGAUUCAUCUGAUGUAGCCUCAUCGGGACGAAGCCAUGUUUUCUCUGCCUCAAGGUCACAAUUUAAAGAGCGUGAUGAAGCAUGUACGCAGGAGUAUCUCAUUGAAAGCCAAGAGUCUUGCAUUAUUUCAAGAAGAUACCUCGCUUCACAGGACUUGAACACACAAACAUCACAUCCAAUCACCAAGCUGACUAAACCUCGACCUCUAAUAUUGAAUAUUCCUUCUGAUGAGGACCUUGCCACGGACCUAAGGAAGAAACCAAAGCAUGGUGGCCUAGCAGAUACUAAAAAAAAACAGAGGAAGUUAGAGCAAAUACCAAGGACCAAAGAAACUUUAGGAGAGGUACUGUUGUCACUCUCACCAGAAUUAUCGCCGUACUGCGAUGCAGACCGUGAUACAGUAAAGGAAAACCAUAUAUUGAAAUCAUCUUCCAACCAUCCAACACUUGAGCAAAAUGCAAGGUCUUCAUUGAGGACAGGACAUGCCUCUCAACGUCGGAAUAUAAAACAAGCGCUAGCUUCAGACUGGACAUACAGCAGAAAUAAUGAAACGGCGCAAUCAGCGAGCAAUGUGUCCUUCGAGGACAGAAAUGAUGAUGCACCCUUGGCAGGCCCGCGUACGAGACGGCGAUCCGAACGACACUAUAUGGCUUCAUCUCCUAAGAAGAUUAAGCUUUCAGAGAUUACGCCUGAUGUUUCAGCCAUGGAAUCGGCAUUGAGAGCAGCAGCAGCGUACACAUGCCAGCAGGAUGAAGUCAACAAUGUACAUACACUUGAAACUAUUGAGUCAUUCUCAACCCACUCCGAAUCACCGCAAUUGCUGACACAGUUUCACCCCAGUACACAGUUCACCAUCUCUCAAAGUGAGGACAUUGAAGACUUUUCAGAUGAUCAAAGGACACAGAGAGCGGAGCGUGAGCAAGUAAGGCACAGAGCGCGGCGAUAUAAUGGCUUGAGACUCCUAGCUCGUCGAGAUCUAGCGCUUCCUUUCAAAGACUCAGGGACGAACCUACCGGCGAGCUAUGACAGGUCUCAAGCCUAUUUAUUUCAGCGACAGGGGAAACCAGAUUAUAGAACUCAACAGAAAGGGCAGGCUCAUAGAAUUCACGAGAAAUUGGAACAAGAGCAGGAGAGCUACAGUUUUGAAGGGAUCUCACCUACCCUAUCCCAAGAGCCGAUGAAUAAGUGUCCUAUCUGCGAUACUAUGGUACCCAUUGAGGAGUUGAACGAACAUGUCGAUGCAGAGUUGCUUGCUAUGGAGAAGCAGAAGAAUGAUGAUAUGGUGAAACGAGAUGAAGCCAUUGCUCUCGCUUUGGAGAAAAGUUACCAAGACCGAAGCCAGGGGCAGGAUAUAGAUGUCUGCGAAGGCACACCAUCACAUAACCGCCUUGUGUAUGGGCUGCCCCAUAUCAACUCUGUUUCUCCUGAUGCUGCAAAUAGACCAACGUCUAGCGAUUGUCUGGAUUCAAACUCUCCUAGGACGCCCGUCAAAGCUCCGCAAAACGCUGUAGUUUCACUGGAGACGCCUACUCAAAAAGUGGACAGUCUUACUCUCGAAUCGCCUCGUCAAGGAUCAAAAUUCAAUGAUCACAGUCGUCUUAGGAGCACGGAUACUUCGAAAGCAUUCAUUCAAAAGGCAGGCGAAGAUGAUUCUGCGAUCUUGAGUGAAAGGCCUCUGACAGAGGCCGAAACCGCCUACAUGUCUGAAUAUGAAAGUCAGUCGAGUCAAAGCGCAUUUAAAAUCCAACCUGGUCAGGUCCUUCCUGAGUCUUUACCAUCAGCAUCAGAGAGCCCUUUUCGCUGGAGAAAGUCCACUUAUACUCAAAAAUCAGAACCGAUCACACCACAACCAUUAAGCAAAGACGAGACCAGUAACAGCCUGCCAGUGCCAACCAUGACUUCUGGCGAAGUCUCUCAGAACGGCGAUAAUGACCUGGAGGACUUCUUAGACAUGCCCGAGCCAUCCUCCAUGGUGAAUCGCUCUUUUAAGUCUUCCAACAAAGCGCCUGCAACGACCAAGUAUUCGGACAUAUCAACUAGGACCAAAUCUCGAUCCAAGACGAGGAGCCCUAUUAAGAAGAGGUCAUCCAAGUCAAUGGUGCUACUCGAUGAUUCUGAUGAGGAACAGCGUGUUGGUGAUGAUAAUCCAACUCGUGGAACAAUGAGAUCGAAGAAAGGAUCAAAACCAAAGUCGUCAGUACUAGAUGAUCUACUCCCAAUAUCAGCCCGUGAGCGGCGUCAGCAGUUACUCAAGCGGAACCACGGUCGCUCCCGCACAACUACACUUGAUGAAGAUGACGAUAUUGAAAUUGGGCGUCGGCAUCCGAUGACAGGAAACCUUUGGAGUCAAGAAAAUGAUCUACUUAUGUUGGAGCAUCUAGACCAACGCCAAGUUAAAGGAGUAGGACUAGGUGGUGUCGUUGGUGGCAUCGGUGCUAUCCCUGGUUCACUCACCAUAUCCAAGACCGCUAAGGUAGCCGCGACGACAUUAAAGAAGCUGUUUGAGACUAGCUCCGAAGGGAGUCCAGCGCAAGUGCAAACAUCGUUUAAUUCCUCCUCUUCAAUAGAAACUUUAAAUCCGAAUGCCAUUUUGCAAGAAGGGAGCUUGUCUUCGCUAGGCAGCUAUGGGUUUCAAAGUCAAGACUGGUCGGAUAAGGGGAGACAUUCACAUGAAAAUGAUAGAUUAAGACAAUACGUAGGGCUUGGCAAUACAUUGGACCACGCUGAAAUCACGGAGGCUGAAGGACAUGAUCAAUGCGAGGGACUUGAUUCUGUUCUUGAGGAUUUUGUGGACUUGAGGAAGCGACGCGAUGAUCCAGCCAUGGCAAUGUACUUUGCACAAUUCGAUGAAGGUGCCGUCCAUACUAGAGCUCGCGGUAAUAGUAAACGGACACGAUCUUCUACAGCAGGCAAGAAGAAAGGAGUAACUUUUGGGCCUGGAGUUGGCCCGAUGCCCAUUGCAAUGAAUACCGUUUCUUGUUCGGAAUCCGCAAGUCCUCAGGCUGGAUUACCCGCCCAUGGAAUAUCGAGACGAGCAACCUCUACUAAUACUGUUGAUCAGGACCGAUAUGGCGCGAGGUCAGUCCUCUUUGGAAGCCAUGCUACGACAGCUAAUGGAAGUAUGGCAAUUCGCAGCAAACCCACUCAGACCUUUGUUCCUGGGAGGGGUAGACCUAAAGAGAAAUCCAGUUCAAAGAAGCCGUGGGCACUAUGGCGAGGACGAGGACGAGGACGAGGUCGAGGUCGAGGUCGAGGUUGAGGUUGAGGUUGAGGUCAAGUGGGAGGACAGGACCAGAGGUGGAGAAUAACUAUGAAUUACAGACAUGCGUGUUUGCCUGUGUUGCAAUCCAAAAUAUGCUGG